AUGGAGGAGGUCAACUGUACAGAAGCUGUUUCCAUGGCAACAUGGUCCAGGACGGCAGGGUCGGUGAAGACCCAAACAGUGUCUACUCUGCUUCUGCUCAGAGCUCAGCCAGGGACUCCUGCAGGAGCAGAUUCUUUAAGUCAUGGUGUGCUAGCCGACCUGCAGUUUGAGGAGGAGGGAGCUGCACGGCCGGGAAAAUCCAGUGCAUCAACACCACAGCAAGCCAGUCAGACUGUAUCACAAGAGUUCCUUCAGCUGGCUUUCCAACUGAGAGAUCUGACUGUCUCUCAACUCAAGACACUCUGGCAAGAAGCGUCUUUCAAGUGUCGCAAUGACUGGCAGCCGCUGUUAGAUGCAUUACCAGCAUGUGGGUCUGAAAACUGCAUCAUACUACUGCUUGACCUCAUGAGGAACAAAGAGCUGGAGGAGGAGCAGACUCACUCUUUCCUCACCACCAUAGCCCUCAUCCCUCAUCCAUCCCCACAAAUCAUCGGCUCCAUUAAUGCCUUACUGGAGGUCCCAGAGGUGGGGUCCAAGGCCUUGUUGGCUGGAUCAUCUUUGGUCUAUCAGCUAUGCCAGAGGUCCCAAACCUCCUGCAGUGAACUUCCUCAUGUACAGACCCUCAUGCAGACUCUAGAGGAAACUCUGACCGAAGGCUGCGAGGGAGAGGAACCCACUCGGGUUUUUUAUGCACUGAAGUCAGUGGGGAACACUGGUCUGUCUGCUCCAGCCUUCACUCCUCUGCUAAAUCGCUGUGUGCUCAGCCACUCAGCAGCACUUGAGCUGAGACUUGCUGCCAUCCAAGCCUUUAGACGCUUUCCCUGCUCAGCCGAUAGGUCUGUGCUGUUGCAGCUGUACCGCUCCUCCCAGGAGGAUCCUGAGGUCAGAAUCGCCGCAUACCAGCAGCUCAUGAGCUGCCCCGACCAGAACCUAUUUGAAGCGGUGAAGACGACGCUGAGAAACGAGACCUCCAGCCAAGUGGGCUCAUUUGUGUGGAGUCACCUGACAAACGUCCUGAGGAGCGAGGACCCCAUGAAACAGGCCCUAAUCGAGUCCCUGCCUGACGACAUUAUCAGCAGAGACUUUGAAGCAGAAGUUUUGAAAUACUCCUCAUAUUCAGACCACACUGUUGCCUCGGGUAUGGGAAUCACCAAUCUGGAAACAUCUAUGAUUUUCUCCCCUAAAUCAUUUCUUCCGAGAUCUGCCACCGCAAACCUCACGGUGUAUUUUCACGGCAGAGCCCACAACCUUGUGGAAGUGGAGCUUCAUGUUGAAAAUGCUGAGCCACUCUUGAAGAACAUUUUCGGUCACCAGACACACAACUCUGAUGGAGAGUCCUCCGCUCACUCUCCAAAACAUGAGACAAGAAGGGCGAGAAGAAAAACAGAUGACAGCCAUAGAGGAGAAAAAGAAAAGUGUUUAUCCAGCACUAGCAGUUAUCUGAACCAGGCCAGGGCCAUGAUGUUUGGGAGAAGGAAAAUGGAGGAGAACAGGCCCAGGUGCUGGGUGGGCGUGAAGGUGUUUGGAAAUGAGCUCAGCGUGUUUACAUGUGAUGAUUUACACAACCAAUUCAACCAGCUGUCACUGAGCAUGGCAGGACUGGCUGUCAAACUGCUCAAGGGUCAGGAGGUUCAGCUGAACCACAGGGCUGUGCUGAUGACAGAAGAGCUGCUGUUACCGUCGCUGUCUGGUUUGCCCGUCAAGCUGGGCGUCAACAUGACCUCCCUCAUUUCACUGCGUCUGAAAGGCAACGUCAACUACAGGGAUAUUUCUCACUUCUCCCUAAUCGGAUACGUCAAACCCAACGCCUAUGUGGGGUUGUCAGCCAGGAUGGGGGUUGAUGGUGCCCUUGGUCAGGCUGCAGUGGACUGGGUCUCUGAACUGAGGAGCUCCGCCAGUCUGGACGGCAGUGUCCAGCUGCAGGAGGGGCGAGAUGUCAGGGUCACACUUAACACCCCUGAGGACGUCAUGGACAUCAUCUCUCUCAGCUCCAGAGUGUUUCAGCUCAGUGGAGACCACAGAGAGGAGAUCAAGGGGCCAAAGAGUCGAAUCCAGAAGACCACCUGCACACCAAAGACUUGGUCCAAGAUGGUUGGCUGGCAGCUGUGCUCCAAUGCAUCGUAUCCGUUACCUGCCUCAGGAAUUUCCCUACCUCCCGCUGGACCCAUCCACCUUUCCCUCAGACUCCUGAAGCUGGACAGAGGACUCCAUUACUACCUGCUGGAAGCUGCAUACUCACUGCUUCCUCAGAGAGGCACCUGGCUUCCCAGGGAGGCCUCCAUCCACCUGCUCCUGGCCACUCCUCAGUCCUCCAUCCCCAGGGACAUGUCUCUGGACCUGGCCUUCAGCCCUCACAGACUGCUGCUGAGGAUCACCCAUCCUCUGAAAACCAUCCACUUACAAGGGCAACUUGAGCAAAAGAGGAAUAUAAAGUCAGGAAAGCUGGAGCUGAUGAUUGAUGGUGUUCAUUAUUAUAUUAUGGGUUUGGUUGACACUCAGACCCUCCCGUCAGAGCAGAGGACACGCUACCACCUUGAAGCCAAGAUGUCCAGUGAUGGACAUCCCAUGAUCCUCUCUGCUAAUGUUACUCAAAAACUGGGCAGAAAGACCAGCUUCUCUGCUACAGUGAAGAAUCUGUUCAGAGAAACUGCAUCACUGUCAGUGUCCCUGGAGCGCAGGCGUGACAGCAGCAGCAGGCAGUACUCUGUGGAUGCGGAGCUCCUGUUACCUGGUGUGGUCGGCAGCAGGAUGCUGGGACUGAUGGAGCAGAAGGGCUCACUGUGGAGCUCCGCGCUCAGGCUCAAGUAUGGUCUGGGAGGUGAUGCCCGGCACCUGCGUCAGGAGUGCUACACGUCUCAGAGACUGAGGAGUGAGAGGGACUCAAACUUGACCUACAUCAUGAGAGCAGAUCAUGAAUUCUAUUGCUCCAGCACUGCUCCGAUCAACCACAAGAUUCACCUCCGGCAUGAGGAAAGCCCCACCCACGUUAAAUCAGCCCUUGACAUGAGCUAUGGCAAACACUGGGACGAGAUUAACAACAAACGCACUCUCAUCUUGAGCCAGUCCUUCAAAAACCAGACUACACAAAAUCACACCAGCUACACACUGGAGUUCAGUCUCCAGGUACCUGAGAAAAAUUUAAACUACAGGACCCAGCUUCUGCAUUCUCACCUGAGACAGCUUGGGUCUGAGAGCAGCACUCACUUAAAAAUCAACUACAACAACCUGAUGCCGCUGGUGGCAGGUUUACACUGGAAAAUCUCCCCCAAAGACAGUCUGCAGAAGAAAUGGGAAGGCACAUUUAACAUGGACACGCCGUGGCUGUACAUCUACACCGCCCACAAGCUGAGCCACCUCCAGCGCCACACGCUCCAGCUCACGUCGGAGCUCACAGCCAGCAAGUGGCUGACCAUCCGUAACCUCAUCCUGGAGGGUUUCUACAGAGACAGGGGCAGGGAGAGGGAGGCCCGCCUGGAGCUCUACACACCAGCUGUCACCUACCUCCAAGCAGGAGGGUGGGGUGUGGUGGGGAAGCGAAGUGUGAAGGCCUCCUGCUCAUUGAGCUCAUUGUGGACUCCUCCCCUGAGAGGAGAUGUCUCCCUGGAGGCCUCUAAAUUCAGCCACACCCUGCAGAUGGCCUCCACCUAUGGCAAGCAAAACAUCAGCCUCGCUGCUGCCCUGAACACUGUAGACAAGAAUUUGAAAAAGAGGCAAGCGACACUGAAGAUGACCUUCUCAAGGCCGAAGAGUCCGUCCACAGAGCUGGAGUUUGAGGGGGCGGUGGAGGAGCUGAGGAAGGACAAGAAGAUUUAUCAGAAAACAGCCAUGCUCCAGCUCAGACAGCCCUUCCAGACCUUUCCUCAGAGUCUCCUCCUCAGGGAAACUUUCACUGUUGACCUCGUCAAAGGCCUCUACAUCCUGGAGUCUAAAGCUGGUUUCCAUGGCAACAGAGAGGUCAUCCACACCCUCACUCUGGGCUACCAACCACCAAGCCCUUUUGUUUGUUCUGCACUCGUCCAUCCUUUCAGUUCUGAUACUGUUCCUUCUGACUCAGAAAUCUGUGUGACUGUAACCAGCAACCAGACCCAGAAUAAUGUACAAGGGAGGUUACGGGUCGGCAGCAAGGAGAGGCUGGCUUUCUUUGGACAUGUUCAGUUGAGUCCUUUGCAUCCAAGUCAUCAAGUGAUAAAAGUCAGAGCCAACUUUACCCAUCAGCUCCAGCUGCAGCUCCCCUCCUCUGCUGUAAUGGAGGGAGAUGUACGUUGGAACCUCAAAAACAACACUGACUUUGAUUAUCAGGCCAGAGGGGAACUGAGAAUAGAGCGACAGGAGUGCAAACUCUCUGUGCAGCUCAAUGGAACAUCAGACAGACUGGGACUGUAUUCGUCUUUCAGUCAUCCCUUCAAAUCAAGGAUUCCCAAAACCCUAGAGGUAGAGGCGACUGUAGACAUUUCUGCUGUGGCUGGUAAAGGAAGCAGCUCAGUACAUGUGAGGGCUGAUGGGAAGGACAGGGUGAAGCUGGAUGCCCAGAUGGCCCACUCCCUCCAGAGGGAGCACAGAGCUGUGGGUCUGAGGAUGAACUUAUCCCAAAGCUUGCUGCCAAUGGCCACUGACCUGCAUGUGAACAUGACUGCCAACAUGUCCUCAGACAGUGUGUCUUUACAUGGCUCUUAUACACAGGGGAAUGAGCUUCUGCUAGCCCAUGUUAAAGGAUCUCUAAGAAACACCCAGGGUUUCCAGCUGGCUGUGUCAGGGGACCUGAGGCACUCCAUGGCCAACCUUGCUAUUCUUCCCCCAGCCCUGGGGUUGGAUGGGGCAUUGGGACAGUCUGACACCCUCAUUGAAGGCCAACUGAGAGUUAGAGUAAAGGAGACCUUGUAUAGUGUAGAGCUGACACAUCAGGAGGACCCUGGAGAAGCUUUGGAUAGUGAAGACGAAGAAGGUGUGAUGGGAAAAAAAUCCCACGGGUCCCGGGAUUGGCUGUGUGUUUGGGCGGGGGAGGAGAAUCUGUUUGUGAAUGUGAGCCGCCAAAUUGGGAAUCAAGGAAGGGGUGAGGUCUACACCCAGCUCUCUCACUCUUUCCACCUGCUUAAUGCCACAGGUGUACCUACCAACAUUAAUGCCCAGGUGAAGUGGGCCCAGCAUGAUAGUCAGCUGUCAUUUCUAGCAGAGGCUCAGACUGGACCUGAACAUCUGAAGGCUGAAUUUAAUGGUGGCAAGACAGACCAUCUUAUGCCACGAUGGGAAUACUUCUUGGGACUGCAGCAUCAAGUCAAAGCCCUGCUGAAAAGAGGCUUGGCAAGCUCCAUACAAGCCAAAGCACACUACCAGCUUGAAACAGAGGGGCUAGAUACAGGUUUGGUGUUCCACAUGGAAGAUGAAAAAAUGGCUCAGAUCGUUUUCAGUGUUGGAUCAAAAAACAGCACAGCUAUGUUGAUUGUGUCUCUAUGGCAACAAGUGAAACUGCUCCAGGGACUCAUCCCCACCUCUUUACAGAUGAACUGCACAGGGGACGCCACUGCAGACCGACUCUCAGCCCAGUGCUACGGAAAUGUGGCAGGUCGCCCUGUGGAGACUCUCCUGCCCCCACAGACCUCAGUCAGCAUCUCCAUCAGCCAUUCUGGCUGCUCUGCAGAGCUCAGCGCUGUUGUCCAGGCUGAGGAGGAACAGAAAGGCAGUCUCAUUCUGCACCUAACUUGUCUCCCUAGUCUUGGUCUGAAAGCAUCUGUCCAGCACUCGAUAGAGGCAAUACAGACACUGGGAUUUCCCUCCCAUGUGGCAUUAAUUCUGAAUGCCUCGGCCACACAUCUGCCUGGCGUGGAGGUUGGCCUGGAGCUGGGACGCUGUUAUUUCAGGGGUAAAUUGGGGAAGACCAAAGAAACAGAGGGGGACCGUUCUUUUUACGCUGUCAAUGUGACCAACUACUGUCCUUCUUUACGGGGAACAGUCCUCCCAGCAUCCUUGGCUCUUCAGGGUCUGCUGUCAGUCUCCCCCUGCCAGCAGACGGUGACGUCCUCUCUGAGGGCGGACAACCGAGACCUCACCCUGGAGCUGGCACAGUCCUGCAGGCCCCGGCAUCUCUCUGGGACUCUCACUCACUCCUUCCCUGGGCUGAGGAGUCGAGGUCUGCCACAGAUAAUCUCCAUAGAGGCUACUGCUCCUGGAGGCCCUGAGCAGAGUGGGGCUCUGUUCAUCAAAGCUGGGACAUGUCACAUUAGAGCCGUUAGAGUCAUAGAGGCCGCAGGAAGGGCACAGUGGCUCUGGGCUCUGGAGUCGAAGUGUCCGAUGUUAGAGGCCCAUUUCAACGGGUCAGUGCAGCAGGACCCUGAGGGUAUCUGGACGGCCUCUGUGGACACUGAUCUGGAGGGCAAAAGGGGUUUCCUUAGGAUUCAUGGAAGGGUCUGGCCAGAGCUGAGGAUAGAGUGUGAGUUCAUUCACAACCUCCCAGGUUUCAGGGGUUUACCCGAACGCAGCAGACUGAGAGUAACCGGCAGCGCUGGAAAACACAGAUAUGACUCAGAGGCCCUCAUUCAGAUGGACGAGUGUGCUGUUAGUGCCAGCGGGGCCGUGAUGUCACAGUCAGGCCUGCAGGGGUCAGUGGUGUAUCUCAACAACUGUACACUGAUUCAGGUGUGGGGUGCUCCGGACAGGAUGCUGGUUUCUGGGUUGUUGGUUGUCUCUCCAGCUCUUGCUGAAUCUCAGGUCUCCAUGGUGAUAGAUGAUGCAGAGUUGCAGGCUUCACUGGCUCUUAAGAAAACAAAGGAUAAAAAUGAAGCAUCACUUCAUCUAAACCACUCUGUACCUGUGUUAAAGAAGCUGGGUCUCCCUGCAAAUGCUGCAAUAACACUUAACUCUGGGAGUCACAGCAAUGGCUCGUACUUUUACAUAUUCAACAGCAGUGCAGGAAAUCAAAAACUAACUCAAGAGAUGACAGUGUCCAAGCUGCCUGUAACAGUAAGAGUGAAGAGUAAUUUCAGACACACAGUGAACUAUCUGAAGAAACUGGGAGUCCCCGGAAACAACAGCAUUCAGGUAGAGCUUGGAUUUUCUGGGGGGAAGGCCUUGACCUUACAAACCCAGUUUGGAGGUCAGCAGGCAGGACUGAGACUGAAGAUGAAAUCCUUCCCCAUGAUCAAAGAGAUAAGUGGCAGCAUGUGGCACAGCUGGUCAUGGCUACAGCACAGAGGACUACCACUCAGUACAGAGGGUCUAUGUUCCAUCCAGGGAGUCUUUCCUCAGCUUCAGUCCAGGGCUCAGCUCACUGUGGACGGAUACAAGCUGCUCGCCUCUGGCUUUAAUGUCAGUGUGGCUGAUGGACGUCUGGCCCUGCAGCUCUACUACUCUCCACUAGCUUCUAACCAAACAGGGACACAAUUCAGUCUGGACACUGCACUGACUGCUCACUUCAAAGGUCCUCUUCGGAGUGCAUCAGUAGAUGUUCACUGUCGAGACUGGAGGGUCCGAUUGGUGGGGGACGUAGGAGGCUGGAGGGCACAUGGAGGGUCCAAGGAGGCCAGAGUUACACUUAAACACACUGUACAGGGACAAACUAGUCCUGUUUUACAGCUCGAAGCCUGGGGAAGACUCACCGAGUCACAGCUGAGGUGCUCCAUGGCUGUGAACCCCGAACUCAGCUCAUCACUUGCACUCAUCAUCCAGGGACACCAUCUGUCUCAUAGCAAGGACCUGAUGGUGAAGGUUGUCCAGAAUAUCCCCAAGAUCUUGGUCUACCUGCCUUCUCAGCUCAAUUUCCGCUCUCAGUUGAACCAGUCUCAGUCCAGCGUGUCAGGCUUGUUGGAGGUGUUGUCAGGCAGGAGGAGGAUGUGGGCUCUGGGGGAACUGGCAGCCAUCGAAAGCGGAUACAGACAGGCUCUGGAGCUCAAACACUCGUACCCACAGUUGAGGCCACUCCCCAGGACUGUAGCAGUGAGGACAGUGUAUGAAUCCAGGAACUGGACCUACCAAGUUCAACAUGGAGCUGUGUGGGACAAUCGGGAGCUCAGCUUGUCUGGUCUGUACUCUGCUCCUCCAGCACUGGAGAUGGGGAACCAGACCCUGAAGGUUCAGAUCAACUGCAUUCCUCGCUGGACCAGUCUGGAGGUGACACUGGAGCGCUCUCUACAGGGCCGACUAGACAGUUUAUCACUGGGCUGGACGAGGCAUGGACGCCUGGAGCAGGUCAGAGCUCUCAGCUCGUGGAGUUGGUCAGAGGAGAUGAACGAGACCAAGCUGGAGCUGAAACAGCCGUUCUCCUCCGCACUCAGCCAGCUGUCCCUUCACACACUGUCACACAGCUCACAGAGAGAACAACGCAGCAGCCACCAGACCCAUCUGUCAUGGGACAGUGGAGUCCCUGUCAAUGUCUCAGUCACCCUAAACAAACAGUGGCAGACCAACUCCAGCAGGGGGCAGGCAUGUGCUCUGUUCUCAGCACAACAGAUGAUAGUGUCUUCUGUUAAAGGUUGUGUGUCAGUGGGUCAGGAGGGAAACUCAUAUUUGCAAAAUGCAGAGCUAAGAUGGGACAACAGGAGUGUUAAGCAAGGCGUGAAGUACCAGAAGGGUCCACGGGGAACGCACAGCCUUCAGGUUAACGUUGGGUUGGAUAAAGUGUCUCCUGCACCCUGUCCUUCACACACACUGCUGGCUAAAAUCCAAACCAACCUCAGGGACCGUCUGGAGCACACAGUGCUGCUGGGCCUCUGCCCCCCUCAGCCUGCUCUUUCAUGGUCAGGAUCCCACAGAGUGAACUCAGGAGAGGAGCUGUUUUACACACAGUCUCGUCUAUCAGUGACAGGACGCCCCUACCAGUGCAGCCUCACACUCGCCCUCACCAACUCCACCACUGCUCAGGUCACCAACGUGUCUCUUUUCUCUGAGUCUAGAAUAGGUAACUGGAGUGUGGAAGUAGGAAGCAGUGCCUUAUCUUGGCCCCAGGGCUCUGGUCUCCAGGUGCAAGCCAGGCUGGACCGCAAAGAGAAGAUCUGGCUGAACGGUACGAUAGAGGGACGGUGCCUUCAGACCACAGCAGGAUAUGCGAACGGCCCAGGCCUUUGUGAGGACCUCACUGUAGUGACGUGUGUGGGAACAAAUCGCAGUUUGAUGCUGGAUGUACAGAAAAGAGACGGCAGCAGCAAACCUACAACUCUGGGCAGUGUGUCUGUGGGAAGAGCCGAUCAGAGGCUGAUGCUGAGAGCAAGUGGCUGUUUGGAGAGUCUAAAUGCAGUAGAGGCACGGAUUCACUAUUUGAGCUCUCGGAUAUGGAAUAAACUAUUGGAAAGAAUCAAGACAUUACAGCAUCUCCUCACAGAAUUCAGGCGACAGUCCAGAGACAGUGAUUUGCUCCAGGAGCUGAGCGUUGUGCCGCUUCAUGUUUCCCAGCGAGUUGAAGCUCUACUGGGGCAGAGAGACAGAGGUUUGUUGGCUCUGUGGCAGAACAGCUCCCUUCGUCACACCGUGACCAGCAGCCUGCCUCGCCUUCUGAGUCUGCUGCAGCACGCCUCACUGCUGGGACAGCAGGAGCUGAGGAGACCCCUGGCCACUCUGGCAGGUGUGUAUCAGGAUGUGAAUGGCCAGCAGCUGGAGGCGAAGUGGAGGGAAGCUGUUCUGUUGUGGACUGACAGACUUGUGGAAGUCUUGCAUGCUCUGCUUGGGAACGCUCAGCUGAGACCUCUGACUCAGGCCGGCGUCGCCACGUUCGGUGUUGCCCUGGAUGUGGUUGGACAGCAGACCUACUACUGGGUGGAGACCAGGUUGGCCACGGCUCUGUCUGGAGUCAGGAAACAACUGGCCUCUGUCUACAAAUUCUCCCCCAGCGAGUGUGCAGUGGUUGUGUCACUGCCGCUGCCCCCGCCGCCCCGGUCGAGGUUGGCCGAGGCCGGAGUGGUGGAGAUCCUUCUGGAAGAGUGGCUCCUGAGGCCCCUGCAGACCCUCGCCUCCAUCAGACCCACUGCUGAACUUUACCGCCUCAAGAGGAAGAUCAUGGACAGCCCGUUUAUACACCAAGCUCUGCUGGUGGGAGAUCAGUUUGUGGUGACGUUUGAUGGUCACCUGUACGAGCUGCCGGGUUCAUGUCCACUGCUCCUCGCCCGAGACGUCAGCUCUGACCCUUCAUUCACGCUGCUUCUCAACUCAGACUCACAGAGCUUUCUCCUGAUGGAAAUGAGUAACAGCACCGUCCACAUUCAGCACAGUGGACAGGUGAAGGCCAACUGCAACAAUGCUGUAACACACACAUUUCACAGUGACAGUGGAGUGGCUGCUGUCAGGAGCGGGUCAAACAUUGUACAGGUGUCCAAUCAGAAAGGAGUUUCAGUAUCAUGUGACCUGUCGACUGAGGUGUGCAGCUUCACACUGGAUGGAUGGUUACAUGGCACAUCCACUGGUCUGUUAGGGACCAAUGACAAUGAAGCAGGGAAUGAUUUUCCUUUGCCUGACGGAUCUCAAGCUGAAAACUUGGACGUUUUUUUCUACAGUUGGCAGAUGAAACCGGAGUGUAUCAGGCCGCCAGCUGCAACAACCGCAAGCCCUGUGAGCUGCGAUUUUCUGUUCUCUUCUCCUGAUUCUCCGCUGAGUCCCUGCUUUAGAGUGGUGGAUCCUGGUCAGUUCAUAUCGGUGUGUGAGUUGAGCUCCUUCAGAGCCCCCUGCAGACUAGCAUCAGCUUUUGUUCACCUCUGCCAGCAGAACUACAUACCUCUGGAGAUCCCUGUCCAGUGCCUGAAAGUAUGAAGGAAGGACAAGCUUUUGAAAAGCAAAGAUGAGUGAUUUAAGACCCUGUUAGCUGCUAAAACAGACACAUUUACACUCUUAUACCACUGGUUGUGCCACAUUAGUUAAUUGCAUACAUUUUUUUGUUAAAUUUUAUACCCUAUUGUAUAGUUACACAAUAUUAUACCUCCUUGUAAUGUGCACUUUUGUCUUGUUUAGACGUGCAGAUAAUGUGUCAGUAAUGUGAAUGUAAACAUAUUAACUAUAGCAAGUAGUUUAUUAUUAAUCACAAGGCCUCUUUUAUGUAUUUUCUGUGGUCUGUAGUACAAACACUGAAGAUAUUUGUGACUGACUUUAGUGUAACCACAGUAACUAAUCCUCACAACCAAACUUAGAUCAUAAAGAGAUCGACAAAUAUUUUUAUACAGUUUGCGGAAAGUGCAUUUAUUACACUGUUGUAUACUAUGUAUGUAUGUAUAAAUACACGUUUGUGUUGCUC